AUGAUGGCCGCAGUGACUGCUGUGACGGUAUUGUCUGCAGUGGGUCUGAUUGUGGCUGUGGCUGCGGCAGCUGCUUUCAUCCUCCGACGGAUCGCACAAUCAGCCCUGAAAGCUGCAUGUAACGAUCAGGAACGCAGCUUUGUGUUUGACACCUGGUAUGGGCAGCUGACGCCAGUGACCUUUCUCUCACGCAGUGUUGCACUUCAAGCUGAGGAUAUCGAGGCCUUGGCCCGAGCCACGGAUGAUGCUCUGGCGCUGAUUCCUUCGGGCAAACGCCGCGCCUGUGACGUGAAACGCCUCGAGGCUUUACAGCGAAAACUCGACGAUGCCAUCGACGAAGUUGGGGCAGCCUUUGUGCGUCUAAACUAUUUGUCACCAAAGGACGCUGUGAUGGACAACCUUGAGAAACUCGGUGCUGCGAGCAAAUGGCCUGAAUUCCAAAAGCGAGUUCGGAAGGAGAUGCCGGACGUCGAUGAGGAGACCCAGCGGAACAUCGCGGCUGUGAGGAUGCUGAUGUCACUGACGUGUGUGAAAACCGGCGGAGAGGCUCUAUGGAUGUUGACGAACAGUCACAGAACCUACGAGGAUUUCUGGCUGCGACGUUUGCGCAUCCAGUCUGUCGGCAUUAAAGGCAUUGCAGACAGGAUACAGGUGCGGCGCUGGGAAGACCGACUCUUGGUGGAGACAGAGCUUCGAGGCUUUGUCUUUGGCGGGGAACUGACCGCUGUGACGCAAUACCACUGCUGCACGGUGGUCCCACGCUUUGUCGAGGAUCCAGAUGGUACUUUGCAAAAGGUCUUGGAUUUCUUUGGUCAUCACGUGCGAGCUCGGCUUUUGUCUUCGUUCAGUGCCUGUGUGGUGGACUUUGCUUUUCUCCAAGGUGGCGGUAUGUGCGUCAUCGAACUGAACCCAUUUGGCCCACAGACUGGAGCCCUGCUGUUUGAUUGGCAACGGGAUGCCUUGAUCUUGGCGGGCUGGUGGCCGCGGCCAGUGUUCAGGUAUGUGACCACCGAUACUGGAGGACAUGGGCUGCCGCUGAAGCAGAUCUUAGGAAAAUUGGAUGCCCUGGUGCAAUAG